UCUCCGCUGGCGGUCUAUGUGUCUCUUUCUUUCCUCCUGGGCUCUCGGCAAACCCCUAUUGCAUUGCUUGGGUUCUGCGAUAAUCCUAACAGAAAGACCUGCCCUGCCUGCCCCGUGCCCAAGCCCUGGGCUUUCCAAAGCUGACCGGUGUCCCCAGGACUCGCGCAGCUCCGCCCUGCAUUGGGAUGGCUCAGGAGCCCUAAAUCCAGGAGGUUACUAGAAGGGCGAGCUUUGACCCCUCCUAUUUAGGGGCGUGGUCUAGGGACCCCGCCCCCAGAUCCCGCCCACUUCACCUGACUCUCGGGACGCUGCCGCAUUAGUUGCCCCGCACUGAGCGGCUGCUACGGUCCGCGCUUCUUACUCAGCUCCAACUUGAUCCCACCGCUGUCAUGCCUCGGGGAAGCCGCAGUGCGGCUGCCAGGCCGGUCAGCCGCCCAGCCCCGCCUCCUGCGCACCCACCACCCUCCGCGGCCGCCCCGGCACCUGCCGCUUCCGGCCAGCCGGGUCUUAUGGCUCAGAUGGCAUCCACCGCCGCAGGCGUAGCCGUGGGCUCAGCUGUAGGGCAUGUCAUGGGUAGCGCCCUGACCAGUGCCUUCAGUGGGGGAAGUUCAGAGCCUGCCCAGCCUGCGGUCCAGCAGGCCCCUGCCCGUCCUGCCUCUCACCCCCUGCAGAUGGGGCCCUGCUCCUAUGAGAUCAAGCAGUUCCUGGACUGCUCCACCACUCAGAGCGACCUAACCCUGUGUGAGGGCUUCAGCGAGGCCCUCAAACAGUGCAAAUACAACCACGGUCUGAGCUCCCUGCCCUGAAGAGGCUGUGGGCUUGCUCAUUGCCUAACCUCUCACCGACAGCUUGAUGGAAAGGAGAGGAUCCUUGUGAAUGGGAGAAAGGAAGGACAAUUCUCACCCCGCAGACUAACAGGCGACAUAAACAUUCGAUUAAAGAGUUUACUUUAGACCACA